AUGGAGUCGGUUCCGCUAGCUGCCUUAAACGGCGACUUUCCUUACCGUCGCUCGCAAGCGGUCGAAGGUGGUUAUAACGAGAACGGAUGGGUUGGCGUUGACGGUAGCGGCAAAGGAGGGAAAGCCUCUCAUGGGAAGCGCCAUGCGAGUCGCUCGUCCGCGCCUUACGCGAGACCUACGUCCGGAAGGCACGCUGCCGCUGGCUACGCUGCAGCAGCAAUUCGAACUGCCACGUCGGCAGCGGGAUCUCCGGGGGAAUCCCAAGGCCGCGCAGACGCGUUGCUAGAAGCGCCGGGGAGGAAUGGUGAAAGGAGGGAUGAGCCGAAGCAAGACGGGGGUAACCGGCGUAACACGCAAGGCGAGGGACAAGGCGUGUUGGACAAGCGACCGUCUGACGGCGCAACCAGCAGCGAGCCCGCGGAGGGAGCGAAUGCUGCUGGUGCUGCUGGUAAUAUCCGGGAUCGACAGGCGGGAGGAGCGAACGGGAAGCAGCAGAGGGAGGAAGGCGCAGUGUUGACGGAGGUUGAGCAGCUUCUGAGACGAGGGACGCCGUUGUCGCUGCGCGAGUUUCAGCGGCUGAACGAGCUGCUGCGUCAACACGUGGCGAGUGGCGAAGCAGAGAGGACAGAGGGCAAGCAGGAGGAGAAGGAAGAGGGGAACGAGGAUGGGGAAGGGGAAGAGGAAGAGGAAGGGGAGGGGAGGCGGCAGGAAGAGGACGAGGGGCAAGAAGGGAGGGUGGAAGCAUCUGCGGGGAAGAGAAGGAAGACUGGCGGCAGUGGCAGUUGGGUGGCGGCAGAUGGGAUGAGAGGGCGGGAGAAUGCAGCUAACACUGUGCACGUUGCACCUCGGGUUACGCCUCGGGUUACGUCUCGGGUUACACCUCAGGGAGUGAGCCUUCGAGCGUGGACGCCGUACCAGACCCAGCUGACGCCAGCGACCAAGUCUCGCAAGCGCAGCAACGCACAACUGCAUGAACCCAGCCCACCCAGCGCAAGCCCUUGGGGUGCUGUACCCCUUAUAAGCCCCUCUGCUGUUCCUCAUAGGCGCAGGGGCAGCAUCGUUCCAAGCGCAGGAGGGCUGCGUAACGGUGGGACUGGUAACCAGACUCGCCAGAGGAGAGUGUCGUUUUCGCCAGCAGUGCUGGCAGCAGCAGCGGAGGGGGAGGAGGAUGAGGAAGAGGGAGGGUGGAGCAGGAGGAUGGGAAGAGGGAGGGCUUUAAGGAGGCUUAGAGAAGGGGAUAGAGACGACUGGUUGCCUCUGCAACAGCAGCAGCUGUUGCAGCAGUUAAAGAGGGACCAAAUCUUAGCAAGCGUUCCUUCCCGGUCAGCUCAAUCUGCCCGGAAAAUCCUGGACACGUUGGAUCGGAUGGCUGGGGCUUUGCCUGCUGCGGAGGGUUUUGGUCGGUCAGGGGAAAGGAGGAGAGUGAGUGGGGGUAGUGAGUUGCAGAGAUUGAAGGGGAAAGAGAAGGUUGUUGAGGGGGAGAGCGGUGGGGAGGGAGGGGAGAAUGGGGCAAGAAGCAGAGAAAACGAGCAGCAGUUGCAGCAGCAGCAGCAGCAACAGCAACAACAGGGACAGCAGAGACAAAAGCAACAGGAGCAGCAGGAGCAGAGAGGCGAUGGGCUGGGGAGGGAGAAGGAGGGGGCGAGGGGAGAGGAGGGGGGGGAGGCGAGGCGUGUAGGGGGAGGUGCGUUGGUGGAUGGUGGGAAGGAGGAUGGUGGGCAGGGGACGAGGAGAGGCCGCCAUGGGUUCAGAAUGUCUGUUUUCGAGGAGGACGAGGAGGACAGGCCAAGCCAGGACGCAGCAGCAGCGGGAGGAGGAGGAGCAGCAGCAGGAGCAACAGGUGCAACAGCAGCAACAGGAGCAGGAGGCAGCAAGGCGGCCGAUAGAGAGGCAGCUAAAACAGGAACGGACGCUGCUUCUGCCGCUCCUGUGACCGGCGGGCAGCAGCGCGAGGGGGAGAAGGGCGAGGAGCAGAGCAAGGGCGAUAGAGGCAAGGAAAAGAGCACGGGUGCUACCACUGGAAGUUUCUUUGGCUCAGCAGCGCAUGCAGCAACUCUCGCGCCGCAACCCACGCCUGCAAAGCCAGCAUCACUAGACACCCCUUCUCACUCUUUUCCGUUGUACCUCUUUCCACUCCCCCUGCUCCCCCAUGCCCGCCCUGCCCCUCCCUUGCCCCAUUCCAGUUUCUUUGGCUCAGCAGCGCAUGCAGCAACUCUCGCGCCACAACCCUCCCCUGCAAAGCCAGCAUCUCCAGACACCUCCCAAGGCAAACCCACAGCAGCACCCGCAGCAGCAGCAGCUGUGGCAGCACCAGCAGCAACAGCAGCAGCAGCAGCAGCAGCAGCAGCAGGAGCGUCGUCCUUUGGUGCGUCUGGGUUCAAGGCCCCUUCCUUUGGCUCCUCUGCUUCUGCCACAACCUCUCUCUUUGGGUCUUCUACCCCUGCUGCCCCUGUCCCUGCUCCUGCCCCUGCCCCUGCCCCUGCUGCCGCUACCUCUGCCAGUGCUCCUUCCUUUGGCAUUUCCCCCACACCCUCCGUCCCCCCUGCCACUGCUUCUCAAUCCGCAGCAGCACCAGCACCUGCACUCACAGGAGCUUCCCCAACGGCAGGACCAUUGUUCGGCAUCAAACCAGCAGCUGCGGAAGCUUCUCCUGCAGCAGCAGCAGCAGCAGCAGCAGCAGGAGGAGGAGGAGGAGCGGCUUUAGGGGCAGCACCAGCCGCAGCAGGGGCAGCAUUGUUUGGCUUUAAGCCAGCAGCCGCCGCUCCAGCUGCUGGAAAGGAUGCAGGUGCGGCUACUGCUUUUGGUGGCGGUGAUGGGGGGGAUAGGGGGAGAAGGGGAGGAGAGGAGGGGGGUGAUAUGGGGAGGAGGGGAGGAGGCGAGGAGGAGGAGGAGGCAGAGCCGAGGAGGAAGCGGAGGGUGUCGUCGUCGCCUGUGGGAGGGGAGUCGGGUGGUUCACCUCCUUCCCUCUUUGGCUUUGGAAAGCCGCCCGCAGGGUCCUCCUCUCCCUCAGAAGCCGCAGCUCCACUCUUCGGUGCUGCUUCUGCUGCUCCUCAAGCCUCUGCCCCUGCCACCACAACCACCACCACUCCUUCUGCACCUGCGUUUGGCUCGGCAUCCACCGCACCUGCCUUUGGCUCGGCAUCCACCGCACCCGCCUUUGGUUCGGCAUCCACCGCACCGGUCUUCGGCUCGGGAUCAACCGCACCUGCCUUUGGCUCGGGAUCAGCACCGACAUUCGGCCUCAGCCCAUCUUCCCCCCUUGCAGCUGCUUCUACCCCAAGCUCUGCCGCCACAGCCACAGCUACAGCCACAGCUACAGCCACAGCCACUGGUUUUGCCACCGCUUCUACCCCUUCCUUCGGUCUCGCUGCGCCGUCCUUCGGUGGGGCCACAACCACCCCAUCAACAGGCAUCACCACAACCGCCCCUUCUUUCGCCACUUCAAGUGCCCCUACUUUCGGCACCACAACUGCCCCAUCCUUUGGCCUUACUGCGACCGCCCCGUCCUUCGGCCUCGCCUCGGCUCCAGCUUUUGGUCCUGUGUUUGGCGCUCCAUCCUCCUCCCCUGCCUUUGGUGCUGCAUCCUCUCCUGCCUUUGGUGCUGCUUCCACCCCAGCGUUUGGCACAUUCUCUGGUUCAUCCGCCCCUGCUUUUGGAUCCUCCGCGCCUACUUUCGGAUCAUCUACCCCAGCUUUCGGCUCGUCAACAGCUGCUGCUACAGCUCCGCUCUUUGGCACCCCAUCCACCACGCCAGCACCUGUUUUCGGUGUCCCUGCUGCCGCAAGUACUGGUGCCGCUACUGGCUUUGCCUUUGGCGCUACGGCAUCAUCAACCCCCUCUGCCUCUACCACCCCUGCUGCUGCUGCUUCCUCGUCUCCCGCGCCUGUUUUUGGAUUUUCCGCUGCUUCUUCCGGACCUGCCGCCGCACCUGGGUUCACGUUCGGCGCUGCCGCACCAGGAGCUCCGGCAGCAGCAUCUGCACCAGCAGCGUCGCCGUUUGGUUUUGCCGCCUCCCAGCCUGCCUCCUCUCCUGCUCCAUUCUCCUUCGGGGCCCCAGCAGGCCCAGCAGCAGGAGGAGGAGGAGCAACAGCAGCCGCACCCUUCACCUUUGGAGGGGGAGGAGGAGCAGCAGCACCAGGGGCACCUGCAGCGGCAGGAGCAGCAGCAGGUGCAAAUCCAUUUGCCUUCGGCUCCACCCCCUCUCCCUCUGCUGCUCCUGGCGCCUUCGCAUUUGGAUCUACCCCUGCUCCUGCUGCCUCCGCUGCUCCCUUUGGUGCAGCCUCCGGCUUCCCAGGAGCCACUGGGAGCAGCAGCCCCUUUGGUGGGAUGCAACAGAAUACAAUGUCCAUGGAACCAGGUGGCAUGGCAACGGCUGCUUCCACUCCUGUCGUUUUCGGAGCCUCGCCGUCCCCGGCAGGAGCUAAUCCUUUUGCGUUUGGGCAGCCCGCAGCUGGAGGUGCCGCCCCGGGCGCUGCCCCGUUUUCGUUCGGUGGUGCUGCUGCUUCCCCGUCGCCAGCGGGGAGUGGUGGGAGUGGUGGGUUUGCUGCUCCGUCUAUGGUGUUUGGUGCUGGUGCUGGUGGUGGUGGCGUUGGAGGUGGGGCUCCUGCUGGUGGUGGUGGGUUCUCGAUGGGAGCAGGUGCACCCACUCCUGGGAGGAGAGUGGUCAAAGCCAAGAGACCAACGGCAAGACGUCGAUAA